AUGGGCACAGCAAAAUUUCACGAGCUAAAGGGGACUGGUGUUGCACAUCCAUGGUCUGAGUUGGCACAGAACAGUGGAUCGUGCUUUGCACAUGCAUGGUCCGAGUUUGCACUGAACAGUGGACUGCAUUG